UACUCAAAUUGAGUGAGUCAAUUAAACCGUCUUACAUCUUCAUCUUCAUCUUCUCAUCUUCAUCUUAAACCUGUUCAUCCUCAAGAUCUAUUCCAACUCAUCAUCUUGAUUGUCUUUAUUUCUUUUCAACUUUUUUUCAUAUUCCAUGCUAUUUAACCCAUGGUAAAGUUACCAUUGGAAUUGUCUAUUUUUCAUAAUGUUUUGUGAUCUGUUUUUACUGUUCAACUCAUGAUCGAUAUUUGCUCAUCUUUAUUUUUCUUUUGUGUUUACAUUUAAACCAAAUUUCUCUUCAUCUGUCAAUAUUCUAAAUGACUGGUGUGUGUUUAUAUCUUUACAAAUCGGGAAAUCAACAUGACAGAAACUUGUAUUUUUCAUAAAAACUCUGAUGAGAUCAGUAAGAUAAUCAAAAUUUCUAGCAAAGAGAUUAAAGUGAAAAACAAAGUCGAUAAAGAUGCCGACACUAAAAGUAAAACCAUUUCAAAUGGAACACCUAAAUUGAACUCAGUAACAGCAGUUGAAACGGAUAAUCCAUUUUCUGUCAAGAUCGAAAUAAAUAUUGUCGCUUGGUCCUUAUUUUUUGUAGCAUUGGCAUUAAGAUUGUAUUUGAUUGGAUAUCCACCUAAUAUUGUUUUUGACGAAUUACAUUAUGGGAAAUUCGUAUCUCUAUACAUGAAAGGUAUAUUCUACUUUGAUUCUUCACCUCCUUUGGGUAAGCAAUUGAUUGCUGCCGUUGGUUAUCUGGCUGGAUUCGAUGGAAAUAAUGCCUUCAAUGAAAUUGGUGGAAAAUACAAUGAAAAUGUCCCUAUCAGAGCUUUGAGAGCAGUCCCUGCCGUUUUUGGUAGCCUAUCGAUUCCAGUUAUCUAUCAUUUAAUUGCUGAGCUUGGAUUCAGUCAUCAAACAGCAGCAAUUGCAUCGAUUUUUGUUAUACUAGAAAAUGCUCUUCUCACUCAAUCAAGAUUCAUUCUUAUGGAAAGCAUUCUUCUUUUCAUGUCGUUCUUUGGUCUAUUUGCUGUUUGUAAAUUGCGUAAAAAGCCAAUUCUUUCUAAAUCAUGGUUUUUCUGGCUUUCACUAGCUUCAACUUUCCUUUCAUUCGGACUAUGUGUCAAAUUUGUUGGAAUUUACUUUAUGAUUGUUGCCAUUAUCAUCAUUAUUCAUGACUUUUGGUGGUUAUUGCCUGAUAGAUCAAUCCCGACUAGAAAAUUUUGGCUACAAGCUAUCAGUUACUUAUUCUUUUUUAUCGUAUGGCCUUUAACUAUAUACACUUCAGUAUUCUAUAUUCAUCUGAGUAUUUUAACCAAGGCGGGUCCACAUGAUAAUGUCAUGACAAGUGCAUUUCAGGCUAGUCUUGAGGGAGGAUUAGCUUCAAUAACCAAAGGUCAACCCCUCGAAAUCGUCCAUGGAUCUCAAAUAACUUUACGUCAUACUCAUGGAAGAACUUGUUGGUUACAUUCUCAUGCUCAAGUUUAUCCAGUUAAAUACAGCGACGGUCGAGGUAGUAGUCAUCAGCAGCAAGUGACUUGUUAUUCUUUCAAAGAUGUCAACAAUUGGUGGAUUGUGAAAAGACCUGAUGUAGACGAUUUGAUUGUUUCUGAGCCCCGUGAUAAAAUUAAACAUGAUGAUGUUGUCCAACUGAUCCAUGGAAUGACUUCAAGAAAAUUGAAUAGCCAUGAUGUGGCUGCUCCGAUGUCACCGCAACACCAAGAAGUGUCAUGCUACAUCGAUUAUAACAUAUCAAUGGCUUCUCAAGACCUUUGGCGAGUUGAUUUACUCAAUAAAGACGAAACUGAUGGCUACUGGCAUACAAUUAGGUCCAAAGUUCGUCUUGUCCAUCUCAACUCAUCUCAGGCUCUUAAGUUUACAGGGAAAUUAUUGCCAGAUUGGGGAUUCAAUCAACACGAAGUUGUUACUGAUCGAAUUUUAAAUCAAGAUGACACAAUUUGGAAUGUUGAAGAACAUCGUUACACCAAAGUGUCUGAUCAGAAGGAAAGAGAGAAAGAUUUGGUUGAUGCUGAAUUUGUGCCUCUCACCCCAACAUUUCUAUCAUUUUGGGAAAAAAUGAAAGAACUUCAAUACAAAAUGCUAACUUUUGAUCAAGAAAAUAUUCCUGAUCAUAUGUUUGCUUGUGAUUCUCCUUUAGAUUGGCUGUUUCUUACCAAAGGAAUAGCUUAUUGGAUUGAUUCGCAAACUAAUUCUCAAAUUUAUUUAAUUGGAAAUAUUUUUCUAUGGUACUUAUCACUAUUUGCCGUUUUCACCUAUUGCUGUCUCUUUGUUUUUUAUCUUAUGCGAAAACGUCGUAGAUUUGAAGACUUAUCUGAAGAAAAAUGGACAUCAUUCAAAAACGUUUCUCUCAUACUCCUUACGGGUUAUUUCAUCAAUCUUAUUCCUCACUUUCUGGUUGAGAAAACUCUCUUUCUUCAUCAUUACCUCCCAUCUUUAUUAUUUAAAUUACUCAUCACCGCAACUCUUUUAGACCACCUAAAAACUUUCAUCAAUAGCAACCUCAUCAACUAUUCCAGUGUUGUUAUCAUCGCAAUUGCAAUUUACUACUUUACUCGUCUUUUACCCUUAAGCUAUGGCUCUGGCUCUCUUACCACCGAGCAAAUAGAGAAUCUCAAAUUACUCAAAACAUGGAACUUUAUAAUACACAAAUAGUUUAUUAUAUUAAUAUUAAUGUUAAUAUCUACGAGAAUAGUACUUUAUGUACUCUAAUAAUAGUACUCUACUGUUUUAUUUUAUUACCGAAUUUUGUUGAUAAAAUCGGAAACAGUUGUGGAAAUUUCACAACAAAAACUCAAAUAAAUUGAAAUGUAUUAUUUAUUACCGUUGAAAAG